CCCAUAUUUUUAAAAAGUGUAUGGUAGUAAAUUAGUUCUAGGUGAGCAUUGUUCUCUGUAAGAAUGAAAUUCAGGGGCGUGGUGUCGUGGUUACGGGCGUGGCCCUGUGUCGAUGGGUGUUGCCCCGUUGCGAUGGGCGUGGUUUAGUUCCUCUCAGGGUCUGGAAAGCUGAGCGGCGCAGCUGGAUUCGUUUACUGACUCCUGAAGUGCUCCUCAGCAGAAGAACCGCUCUAACAUCAGAGCUUAACUUUUAAUCCAAACUCAGCUCACUUUCCAGGAGAUACAAGGUGAGGGAGCCGCUCUGGAGUGGCUUUGAAGUGACCAGUGUGGACCAGAAACUGGACUUUUAAAAGUUGUCCUGCCCAGCGCACGUGCCUUCUUUGCCCGCCGAGGAUCAAAGGGACCGAGGAUCUCGAAGGAAGUGGCCUCGGAGGGCCCUGACCGAACUUCCUACGGGAGCGGAGCGAGUUCUCUAGCCACCUAUCAUCCUCAAUGGGGUUCUGAGCUGGUCAGGAAGUUCGUCAGCUGCGUGGCAUGGCAGAUAAAGGCCCGGUCCUCACUUCGGUCAUCAUCUUCUAUCUGUUCAUCGGAGCCGCGAUCUUCGAGCUCCUGGAGGAGCCCAACUGGAAGUCCGCAGUGCAGGAGUACGAGCACCAGAAAGAGCUCUUCCUGCAGAAGUACCCCUGCCUGACCAAGCAGGACCUGGACGGCAUUAUUAAGGUGGUGGCUGAAGCAGCUGGCCAGGGUGUGACCAUCACAGGAGAAAAACCUUUUAAAAGCUGGACCUGGCAGAACGCUUUAGUCUUCGCUGCCACCAUCAUCACCACUAUAGGUUAUGGGAACGUCGCUCCGAAGACAGUGGGAGGGCGAGUGUUCUGUAUCCUGUUCGGGCUCUGCGGAAUCCCGCUCUGCUUCACCUGGAUCAGCGAGCUGGGCACAUUUUUCGGGAGCAGAGCGAAGCGCCUGAGCCAAGUGCUGCUGCACAGACACCUGCAUGUGAAAAAUGUCCAGUUUAUCUGCACGACUGUCUUCCUGCUGUGGGGUCUGCUGUUUCACCUGCUCAUCCCACCCUUCAUCUUCAUGGUUGUGGAGGAAUGGACAUACCUGGAGGGCCUUUACUUCUGCUUCAUCACCCUGACCACUGUCGGGUUCGGGGACUACGUAGCAGGUGUGAACACGAGUGUGACGUACCAGGCGCUGUACUGCUUUGCUGUGCAGAUAUGGAUCUACAUGGGCCUGGCGUGGCUGUCCCUGUUCUUCAGCUGGAAUGUCCACAUGGUGGUGGAGGCCCACAAAGUGCUGAAGAAAAGGAGGCGGAUGCGUCACAAGCUUUCUCCGUACAACAUCGACCAGGUCCAGAAAGCCCCCUUGCCUCAUGCAGCCAGCAUCGUUGAUAUCUUCAAGUUCAUGUCGGAGAAGGGCGAGGACUACAGCGACAUCAUCAGAGCAAUCGGCACGGCUGAGAAGAGGAAGAAGCAGCAGGAGGAGGAGCUGACCCGCUCCAAAAGCUGCAGCGACCUUCUCAAACAGAUGGUGGUACCAAUUGACCAAUCUCCUCGCCAGAAGCGCAGGUUCAGCAUUGGGGACAACGUGUACAUGGUCAUCUCCAGGGCCAGAGGAUCCACCGGAGAUCUAGAGGAAAGGCGAUCGCUUCAGGAACCUACUGGAGAUCCAGAACUUGGCAUGAGUCUCUUAGACAAGGCAGCUCCUCACAGACCAGCAAGCUGUGUGUGGGAUUCCAGAGCAUCCUAUAACCCUGUUUUCCAGAAUCCCAGAAUAAUUUUCAACUCUGACGAGAGCUUACGGAACCAGAACGGGUCCAGAUUUUCAGUGGUCAAGGUGGAUGAAACUGAUUUGUUAGAAAAAGGCAACGGCCCGGGGUGA